GCGCCCGCGGGUCACUCUCAGGCCGGGCAGCAGCGACAGGGCGCGGGGUGGUGGGGCGCACCAUGCCCACGUUCGACCAGGCACUGAGGAAGGCGGGCGAGUUCGGGCGCUUCCAGCGGCGCGUUUUCCUGCUGCUGUGCCUGACGGGUGUCACCUUCGCCUUCCUCUUCGUCGGUGUGGUCUUCCUGGGCAGUCAGCCUGACUACUAUUGGUGUCGCGGGCCGCGCGCCACCGCGCUGGCCGAGCGCUGCGCCUGGAGCCCCGAGGAGGAGUGGAACCUCACCACGCCAGAGCUCCAUGUCCCAGCUGAGCGCCGCGGCCAAGGCCACUGCCACCGCUACCUGCUGGAAGCCACCAAUACCAGCUCAGGGCUCAGCUGUGACCCACUUGCUGCCUUCCCUAACCGCUCCGCACCUCUGGUGCCCUGCAGUGGGGACUGGCGCUAUGUGGAGACCCAUUCCACCAUCGUCAGCCAGUUUGACCUUGUCUGCAGUAAUGCCUGGAUGUUGGACCUCACCCAAGCCAUCCUGAACCUUGGCUUCCUGGCUGGGGCUUUUACCUUGGGCUAUGCGGCAGAUAGAUAUGGCAGGCUCAUCAUUUACUUAAUAUCCUGUUUCGGCGUUGGCGUCACGGGAGUCGUGGUGGCAUUUGCGCCAAAUUUUUCUGUGUUUGUGAUCUUCCGCUUCCUACAAGGAGUGUUUGGAAAGGGGGCCUGGAUGACUUGCUUUGUGAUCGUGACGGAAAUAGUCGGUUCAAAACAAAGGAGGAUUGUGGGAAUCGUGAUCCAGAUGUUCUUCACCCUGGGGAUCAUCAUUCUUCCUGGAAUUGCCUACUUCACCCCCAGCUGGCAGGGCAUCCAGCUUGCCAUCUCACUGCCCAGCUUUCUCUUCCUCCUCUAUUACUGGGUGGUCCCUGAGUCUCCCCGCUGGCUGAUCACCAGGAAGCAAGGAGAGAAAGCUUUGCAGAUCCUGAGGCGUGUGGCUAAGUGCAAUGGGAAACACCUCUCAUCGAAUUACUCAGAGAUCACGGUUACAGAUGAAGAAGUCAGUAAUCCAUCCUGCUUAGACCUUGUGAGAACUCCCCAAAUGAGGAAAUGCACACUCAUUCUUAUGUUUGCUUGGUUCACAAGCGCUGUGGUGUACCAAGGACUUGUCAUGCGUCUGGGACUCAUCGGAGGCAACCUCUACAUAGACUUCUUUAUCUCAGGGCUUGUGGAGCUGCCUGGAGCUCUCUUGAUCCUUCUGACCAUUGAGCGCCUCGGACGACGCCUUCCCUUUGCCGCAAGCAAUAUAGUGGCAGGGGUGUCGUGUCUGGUCACUGCAUUUUUACCAGAAGGGAUACCGUGGCUGAGGACCACAGUCGCUACCCUGGGAAGACUAGGGAUAACCAUGGCCUUUGAAAUUGUUUAUUUGGUAAAUUCAGAGUUGUACCCAACGACAUUAAGGAACUUUGGGGUUUCGCUCUGCUCAGGCUUGUGUGACUUUGGGGGGAUCAUAGCCCCAUUUCUGCUCUUUCGACUAGCAGCUAUAUGGCUAGAACUGCCUCUGAUCAUCUUUGGGAUCCUGGCGUCUGUCUGUGGUGGCCUCGUGAUGCUUUUGCCUGAAACUAAGGGCAUCGCCUUGCCAGAGACAGUGGAAGACGUUGAAAAGCUGAGCAGUUCACAGCUGCAUCAAUGUGGCAGAAAAAAGAAAACCCAGGUUUCCACUUCUAACGUCUGAGGUCCCAGUCACCUGGAGAAGCGGAGCCUGGAAUAUGCCCGUGCAGUGUGAUUCACCUCCUCUAGGUGGCGCCCUUCCAAGGACCCAUAAAGAUUCCAGAGUAUUUUAUAAGGUAUAAGAUGAAGAUUUAUCAUGCUACCCAAGCUUCUGGGAACACAUAAUCUUUGACCUGUUUAGCGAAGACCCAGUAGGUACCCAGAUUCUACCUAGGUUCUCUUUCAAUGUCUCUGGCCCAUUGGGUAAGGAGAUUUGAAAAGGUCCCAACUAGCUCUCCAGUUCUCAGGAAAGUCCCAUCCAGGAAGCAGGAUGAACAAACCACGGCCUGGCAUGUGGAUAGGAGUGUGCUCAGCCAAUCUGAUCGUGACACAGCAGCGACGAGUGUUCCAAAGAGUCUGAGAACUGCCAUUUCUUCCCUUGAGCUCCGAAUACAAGCCUUCACAGAGCCAACAUGUCCGGUGCCCUUCCCCUCCAGUCUCCUGCAGCCUCCGAGGUUCCAAGCACCAGGUUAGGCACAGUUCCCUAAAUGCAACACAUCCGAGGACCUGGCUGCGUGAAGUCAUACUGCCGUCCCUAGACCCCCGAUAUUUUACUGCCUCCUUCAGUGGACCAUUGUAACCACAGAUUCUUUACUGAGGAAGAAGAAUAAAACAAAAACAAAAACAACAACAACAAAAAAAAAACCAAGGAUUUUGGUUUCCCGGGUCUUAGAAUUUGAAAAGUAAAGGGAUAAUUAUGUCAUAUUUGUGAAUUCCGUUCCAGUGGUGCCUGUGGCUGAGAGUCCAAAGCAUAGACUUUUUUUCAUUCCGAAUCGGCACUUUUGACUUGUCUUGGGAGAAAAACAAAAAAUCAAAACCAAAACCAAAUACAUUUGUUGUUACCACUUAAUGAUAAAAGUUGAUUGUAUGCAUACUUAAAAGAAUUAGCAGCCCAUUUAUAAGUGACGUAGGAGAUACUAAUGAGGGACUGGACUUUUUUUUUUAAAUCAAGGCUUCUCAAGCAGCGAGUCAGAUGUCAACACAGUAUUCUAUGUAGUGUGCAGUUCUUGAUAUUUUUUCAGACUCAGUGUGUAUGUUAGGCUGAAUGUUUUUUUUAAACUUCAAACUCAGUGUGGACAGGCAAAAUUAGCAUCCAAGGGAAUGGAAGGAAAAAAUACAAAUGUGGAGAGCGUAAUAUGUUAGCGAGUGUUCCGUUUCCCCGACAGCCUUUUGGGUUUUCGUUGCCACGCCCACUCUGCGUGCCCAGGCUUUUGAGGCCUGGUUUCCUGUAUGUCUCACGGCUGUAGCACGGCUCUUGUCCCCUCUGCUGCCUUUGGAUUGCAUUUCAAGUUGGUAGUUCUGUUUCACAACAAUAAACG